AUGGGGCUUUGUCAAUCCAAGACAAGAUAAGAAAAAUAGGAAAACUUGAAACAACCUACGACAAAAAAAUAAGAAACCUUCGAAGUUGGACCAGACAAUUUUGCAACACUAAAACAGGGAUAAGUUACAAGUUAUUAUAGAGUUGAAAAAUCUCUUGGUCAAGGUAUUGAUUUAAUAAUAAUUUAGGUGCUUAUGGAGAAGUUCGAUUAGUCAUUCAUAAGUAAACGGGAUAAAGAAGAGCAAUGAAGUAAAUAAAGAAAGACAAAAUUUUUAAAGAAGACGAAGAAAACCUAUUAAAUGAAGUCACAAUACUAAAAUAAUUGGAUCAUCCUAAUAUUGUCAAAUUAUAUGAAUUGUUCUAAGAUAAAAGUAGUUAUUACUUAAUUACUGAGUAUUAUUAUUUAUAAUAUUUUAGAUAUUUAGAAGGAGGUGAACUAUUAUAACGAAUUUCGGAGUAUAAAACAUUCACAGAAAAAAUUGCUGCUGAAUUUUUAAAGCAAAUCUUAUCUGCUGUGAUGUAUUGCCACGAGAGAAAGAUAGUUCAUAGAGAUUUAAAGCCUGAAAAUAUUUUAUUAGAGUCCAUCAAAUAAGGAGCAAAUUUAAAAAUUAUAGAUUUUGGAACCUCAAGACGCAUCUAAGAGAACCAAUUUUUGACCAAAAAAUUAGGAACAGUAAACUAAUAAUUAAUCAUUUAGCCUUAUUAUAUUGCUCCUGAAGUACUCAAAAAAAAAUAUAAUGAAAAAUGUGAUGUUUGGUCGUGUGGGGUUAUUUUAUAUUAAAUGUUAAGUGGAAAAUUACCAUUCGAUGGACAGCAGGACGAGAUUUUAACCAAAAUUGACAUUGGAUAUUACGAUUUUCCAUGUAUUCUAAUUAAAUAAAUGCGUUAUAGCUGAACAUUGGAGUGGAAUAUCAGAUUAAGCAAUUAGUUUAAUUAAAAAGAUGAUGGAAAAGGAACCCAAUAAAAGGAUUACAGCAAAAUAGGCAUAUGAAGAUCCAUGGAUUUAACAUAAUGUACAUAUUGCCAAAAUUGAUGCUCGAUAACUGAAAAAUUUAUAAUCUUUCUAUGUAUUAUAAUAUAUAUAUAUUAAGAGUAAAAAUAAGGUACGAACAGCAUUGAUGCAGUUUAUAACAACCUAAGUUAUGACAAACUAAGAAAAGGAAGAAUUGAUAACACUAUUUAAAUCAAUUGAUAAAAAUGGGGACGGCUUAUUGAGUAAGGAAGAACUCUUAGCUGGUAAAUUAUAUAAAAAUAAAUUAGUAUACAGUUAACAAUACGAUCCUUUGAAAGCUUAAUAAAUGGUUGAAGAAGUUUUUGAGAAAGUUGAUAUCAAUAAAACAGGAGCAGUAGAUUUUACUGCUUUUGUAUCUGCAGCAUGCUAACAAGAGAAAAUGUUAAAUAAGAUUAAACUAGAACAAACAUUUAAAAUUUUUGAUAUUGUAUAAUUUAAAUAAUAUUGUAUAGAAUGGGGAUGGAUAAAUAAGUAAAGAUGAAUUAUAAGAAAUAAUGGGAGGAAUAGACGAUUAAUUGUGGUAAGAAAUCUUGUAGACAUGCGAUGGAAACGGAGAUGGUGAAAUCUAAUUCGAAGAAUUUAUUACUUAUCUUGUUUAAAAGUAUUGA